UUCAUUCAUUCACCCGCUUCCCCCUCCCCGUCCGUUCCUACAAAUCUGGUGGGCGCUGUUCGCCGCGGCGGGUCUCGCGCGCGCAACCACCGCAAAACCCUAGCCCACCUCCACACCCACACGGGGAGCCAGACCCAGUCGGGGACCGAGAUUGGAUCGCCCGCCACCUCCUCCUUCCACAGGAUUAUUUGCCUCGGCUGCAACUGGAAGUUUCUGAGUAGAAACUGAGGCUCGGUUCAAACCUUCGUCACACUCACUUCAAACAUACUGGCUCGAAAUGGAUCGUGAUGACGUGUCUGGUUUUGUUAGCGGAGGUUGCAAGCUGUUCUGAGUUUUCUAACCCAGUAGAAGUUAAUAAAGUUAUGAUACCAGGGAGUCAGUCAACUGGUUCUUUUCACUUACUAAUUGGUUGAGGUUUGAUGUUUCUGAAUUGGAAUGGACAAAACUUCCCGUGGCCUUGUAUUUGGUGAUAGUAUCAACUCCUUCCACUCUUCCCAUUAUCAGAGUACAGUCCAACACACUGCUCAGCUCAAAGAUAAUACACUUGACUCCGCAUCGUACUCCAGCUUUUCUGUCCCUAACUCAAAAGCCCAGAAAAGGAAGUGGGGUACUAUGGCAGGAGCAGAAGGUACUGGAAAUCCAUUACUCACUCUGGGUUUAGGCCGUUCCCAAAGCUCAUCUGACAAUAGCAAAGUAAGCUCUGCCACAGCUUGUGAAAUGUCUCCAUCCUCGCUGAGGGAGACUGAUGAGGAGUCAUCUGUAGAUCUUAGCUUGAGCUUUGAUCUUUGCCUUGGCUAUGAUGGUGCGCACUUUCAGAAGAGGUCCUCUGCUGGUUUGGUGGCCAGCUCUCCUAAACUGGAUCUUCAAUUGAGUUUAUCCACUGGCCCACCUGUAUCUGCUGUCACUUAUACGAAUAUGGUGUCGCCAAACAUACCAGUAACCAACUCAUCACCAGCCCUUAUAGGGAAAGGAUCAUUACCAUCUAAUUGGGGUUUUGAGCACUCUGUGGUUUCGUCAUCAUAUGCAUCUGAAGCAACAUAUGCCUUUCCAUGUCCGAAGAUACCCAGAAAAGAACAGUGUACUUUGUCUUCUCCAGUCAUUUCAUCAACUAUGCUUACCAGUUUGAAAAGCCCAGCUGGUUGUACUUCUGUGGACACUAACCCUCAACAGCGAAGUAUGAACACUAAAACCUGUCAGUUCCCUGGAUGUGGGAAAGGAGCAAGAGGGGCAUCAGGCCAUUGCAUAGCCCAUGGUGGUGGUAGGCGAUGCCAGAAACCUGGUUGCCAGAAAGGUGCUGAAGGAAGGACCAUAUAUUGCAAGGCCCAUGGAGGAGGGAGGAGAUGUGAAUUUCUUGGAUGUACAAAGAGUGCCGAAGGGCGGACAGACCACUGCAUAGCCCAUGGUGGUGGUCGCCGCUGCAGUAACGAUGGUUGCUCCCGUGCUGCCCGAGGGAGAUCUGGCUUAUGCAUCAGGCAUGGAGGUGGAAAAAGGUGUCAGAAGGAGAACUGCACCAAGAGUGCAGAAGGUCAUUCUGGCCUCUGCAUCUCUCAUGGAGGUGGGAGGCGUUGCCAGUUUCCGGAAUGUGCUAAGGGUGCACAGGGAAGCACAAAGUUCUGCAAGGCGCACGGUGGAGGAAAGCGCUGCACAUUCUUUGGCUGUACCAAAGGAGCUGAAGGAAGCACUCCAUAUUGCAAGGGACACGGGGGAGGCAAGCGCUGCUUAUUUGAAGGUGGUGGCGUGUGUCCAAAGAGCGUGCAUGGUGGGACUCAAUAUUGUGUUGCGCAUGGUGGUGGGAAGAGGUGUGCCAUUCCUGAUUGCACCAAAAGUGCUAGGGGGCGGACAGAGUACUGUGUACGCCAUGGAGGUGGCAAGAGAUGUGUGUUUGAGGGCUGUGUGAAGAGUGCGCAGGGAAGCACUGAUUACUGCAAGGCACACGGGGGAGGCAAGCGCUGCUCAUGGGGCUUGGCGGAGUCCAGCUUUGGUGUUGACACAGAGCAGUGUGAUAAGUUUGCUCGCAGCAAGACUGGUCUAUGUUCAGCUCACAGUGCUCUAGUCCAGGACCACUGUGUUCAUGGUGGUGGUACAUUAGGCCCUGUAAUCCACCAGCUUGUCGCCGAUGUUAAACCCGACGAGAUGGAAGUUGCUGCUGUGAAGGUUGAUCCUAUUUUGAUGCAGUCUCCUGUGGAGCCACUGACAGAGGGUAGAGUGCACGGCGGGGGGCUGCUGGCUCUACUUUCUCGCGGCGGAGGCCAUACAAGUGCCCCUGGUAACUUUGAGAAUGGCACUUCUGUUAUGAUGGCAUGGAUGUGAGUGAUAUUCUCAUCAAGAAUUGGUUGCUUCAAGUUUUGAUCUGUUUCCAGAGCUUAAUGCUGUGGCGGGAUAAAGUAAAUUUCACAUUUCACCAAUUGUUGUCCUGAUCAUUUCCUCCGUGUACUAUAAAUAAGGGAGAGCGUUAUUGGCUUCUCUAUUAUUGUAAUUAAUUAAUGUCGUCGAACA